AUGGCCGCCCGAUUCACCCCCCGUCUCUUCCAGCAGGCUACCCGAGGCUACGCCUCUCAGGCCGCCGUUCGUGCUCCCCGUCAGCUUGACGGUCUUGCCGGCAAGUACGCUUCGUCUGCGUACGUCGCUGCCCUCUCAAAGGACAGCAAGACCCUUGAGAAGGUCGAGGCUGAUCUCAAAGCCGUCCAGUCCGCUCUCGCCGGUUCCGAGGGUGCCAAGCUCAAGACCUUCAUCUCCAACCCCACCCUCAGCGGUGCUGACCGAACCAAGGGUCUUGAGCAGCUCCUCGGCGGCGGCAAGGGCAAGGCCGACCCCAUCACCCACAACCUCUUCACCGUCCUUGCUGAGAACGGCCGUCUCGGAGAGACCGAAAAGGUCAUCGAGGGCUUCCAAGACCUCAUGACCUCAUACCGUGGUGAGGUUGAAGUCACCGUCACCUCGGCUACUCCUUUGGACAAGUCGAUGGUCUCGCGCAUCGAGUCGGCACUCAAGGGUUCGCAGAUCGCCUCCAAGGGUAAUGGCAAGACGCUCCGCAUCGUUCAAAAGGUCAACCCCGCCAUCCAGGGUGGUCUCGUCGUUGACUUUGCCGGCAACACUGUUGACCUUUCGGUCGCUUCCAAGGUCAACAAGCUCAACGCCUUGCUCGAGCAGGGUAUCUAA